AUGUAGUUCCACGGUGGCCGAGCCACUCAUGGCCCGCGGUCCGCCCCAACAUGGGUGAACGGGCGGCGUUUUGAGUUUCAGUUCCUCUAACAGUCUAGUUAAAAGCGUAAACAGUCUAUGUAGGGCUUUGGAGACGCUCCUGGGUGAGGGCUGUUCUGCAAAGGUGCCUCGCUUUCCGGGCCUCGCUAGUCACUUUGCCGGUACAUUUUGGAAAUCAGGCUGGAAGGCCUGCUGCUCUGGCUUGUGUUGGGCCCUGCAGGUUGCCAUGCAGACGGGUAGUGAGGAUCGGAUACAAGGGGACAGUUGAGUGUGCACGUUCCUUUCCCCUCCUCCAGGCUGGAAACAAGCUGCUUGAGCAAGUGGCACGCCAUGCUUUUGCCAGCUGCUCAAUUAAAAGGUGACAUUCCUGCGUAAGCCUAUUCAUGUUAAAAUGUCCUUGCUACUUACUGAGGAGCAGAAGAGAAAGAUUGAAGAGAAUCGACAAAAGGCCCUGGCCCGCCGAGCCGAGAAGUUAUCAGAACAGCCUCAAGGCACAGCUUCAGGUUCCACUGUUUCCGGCCCUUUGGGGAAUCUUCCAGCGGGGCCUUCUAAGCCAGUGGGCCAUGGUGUCCUUUUCAAGCAACAGAAUCUCAGUAAUUCAUUUCCUGCUGAUCAGAGAGCUCACAGUUCCAACCAUGUUCAGCCCAGCACACCAGAGCCGGCGAAGGGGCUAUGGAAGAUCCAGGGAGAGAGGCCUGCAGUGUGCGCAAACCCUGCCUCAGGUCCUCCAAACAUCUCUGACCAGCAGCCUUCGGGUUAUAAACCAUAUCAGGGUAAUCCUCAGGCUUCUCAUAAGGUCAAGUCGACAUCCAUUGCUACCACAACCCAGGAGCCUUUAGCUAAAGCACAGAGCUCCCAGGACACAGUAGCUUCCUCCUCUGGACUGUUUCCCAGGGAUCCCGAGUUAGAGGCCAAGACCGUGAAGCCCUCCACCUCUGGACAGAGUGGUUCGGACACCUAUUAUGCCUUAGGGGGAACAGAAGGGAGACCCCCCAAAAAACUACAAACCUCGCCCCAGAAAGUAAGCUGUCUUCAGGGAACGUGCAUAAGGAUGGGGGAUCGUUUUCAGGUGAAGAUUGGCUACAACAAAGAGCUCAUUGCUCUGUUCAAGUCUCUGCCCAGCAGACACUAUGAUCCUGUUACGAAGACAUGGGACUUCACCAUGGCCGACUACAGAGCCCUGAUGAAAGCGGCCGAGCAACUCUCCACGGUCUCCCUCCAGCCGUUGGAAGGGGUUGAUGACAGUGGCAGGGGACAGACCAGCCUUCCCUCAGCUCCGUCCCUUGCCUUUGUCUCAGGGAAGUGCAUACUCGUCUCCCGCACCCGCUUUGAGGUUGACAUUGGCUAUUCAGAGGAACUGAUCGCACUGUUUAAACAGAUGGAUUCCAGGAAUUACGAUGUCAAGACCAGGAAGUGGAGCUUUCUUCUGGAGGAGCACAAUAAACUCAUUACAAAGUCACGUGAUCUCCAGCAAGUUAAGCUGGAGCCUCUACCCAAGACAGUGACCCUGGCCUUUGCGUCUCAGCUGGAGAAGACAUCUCUCAAAGCCAAAGCAGAUAUACCUGAAGCUGACCUUUCUGGAGUGGAUGCCAAGCUUGUGUCUAAUCUCAUGCCCUUUCAGAGAGAGGGCGUUAGCUUUGCCAUAUCCAAAAGAGGCCGCCUGCUGCUUGCUGAUGACAUGGGCCUGGGGAAGACCAUCCAAGCCAUCUGUAUAGCAGCCUUUUACCGGAAGGAAUGGCCACUCCUGGUGGUCGUGCCUUCCUCUGUGCGCUUCACCUGGGAGCAGGCCUUUCUUCGGUGGCUACCAUCUCUGAGUCCAGAGAACAUCAACGUGGUGGUGACUGGGAAGGGCUGCCUAACAGCGGGCUUGGUCAACAUUGUUAGUUUUGAUCUUCUUAGCAAGUUGGAAAAGCAACUAAAAACGCCCUUUAAAGUCGUCAUUAUUGAUGAAUCACAUUUUCUCAAAAACAUUAAGACUGCCCGCUGCCGAGCAGCUGUGCCUAUCCUAAAGGUUGCCAAGAGAGCGAUCCUGCUGUCGGGCACACCCGCCAUGUCCCGGCCUGCAGAGCUCUACACACAGAUCAUUGCUGUCAAGCCAACGUUCUUCCCCCAGUUUCAUGCCUUUGGACUGCGCUACUGUGAUGCCAAGCGGCUCCCUUGGGGCUGGGACUACUCGGGCUCCUCCAACCUGGGCGAGCUGAAGCUGCUGCUGGAGGAGGCCAUCAUGCUGCGGCGGCUCAAAUCCGAUGUCCUCUCCCAGCUCCCAGCCAAGCAGCGCAAGAUGGUGGUGGUCAACCCUGGUCAGAUCAGCACCAGGGCCAAGGCAGCUCUAGAUGCAGCAGCCAAAGAGAUGACCAAGAACAACACUAAGCAGCAGCAGAAAGAAGCCCUCAUCGUCUUCUUCAACAGAACAGCAGAAGCUAAAAUCCCCUGUGUCAUUGAAUAUAUCCUGGACCUUUUGGAGAGUGGACGAGAGAAGUUUCUAGUGUUUGCACACCAUAAGGUGGUCCUGGAUGCAAUUGUAAAGGAGCUUGAGAGGAAGAAAGUUCAGAACAUCCGAAUUGACGGCUCCACCCCUUCAGCAGACCGUGAGGAUCUGUGCCAGCAGUUCCAGCUGUCCAGAGGGCACUCAGUGGCCGUGCUGUCCAUCACUGCCGCCAAUAUGGGCCUCACCUUCUCCUCAGCUGAUCUGGUGGUGUUUGCUGAGCUGUUCUGGAACCCAGGGGUGCUGAUCCAGGCCGAGGACCGCGUACACCGCAUUGGACAGACGAGCUCUGUGGGCAUUCACUACCUGGUGGCAAAAGGCACCGCAGAUGACUACCUUUGGCCUCUGAUUCAGGAGAAGAUUAAAGUGCUGGGGGAAGCCGGGCUUUCUGAGACCAAUUUCUCAGAGAUGACAGAAGCUACUGAUUACCUCUACAAGGACCCGAAGCAGAAGAUGAUCUAUGACCUCUUCCAGCAGUCCUUUGAAGAAGACGGAAAUGACAUGGAACUCCUGGAGGCAGCAGAGUCCUUUGACCCAGGAAGUACUUCUGGAAGUAGUUCCCAGGAUCUGGGAGACCUACUGGAUGAAGGCAGCUUGACAGACAGUCCACCAAGCAAAAGGAGAUUUGAGUUUUUUGAUAAUUGGGACAGCUUUACCUCUCCAUUUUAAAAGGGUCAAAGAAAAGAAAAAAAUGAAAGGAAGCAUUCAGAAAUCAUGGGAUUCAUUGAAAUAAAGUGUUUUGUUUAAAA